UCGCCAUGUGAGAGCGCGCCACGGUCAGCAGCAAGCCCGGGCCGCGGGGUGCCGCCUGCGCGCCGGAGCGAGCCGAAGUGGGCUCGGGCGAAAAAGAUGCGAGCAGCAAGCGAGGAGGGCGGCUCUGGUGGGGUCUCGUGUGGCCGCGCCGCCCUCCUUAGGCUCCGACGCCUGAGAGGAGGCAGCUGCGGUCCAGCUGGUCGACUGCCGCCCUCCCGCGAUGCCACCGAACCAGUCUGUUGCCUCAACGCUCUGCGGUCCUUAGCGCUGGGGGGAGGACAAGCGUCUUCCUCCACCCUGUCUUGUGCGCGUGCGCAGUCCAGGUCACCCGGGUGCAGGCGGGAGGGUGCUCGGAAAUAUACAUGUGCGGCAGAGGCGCCGCUUGAGCUGCUCCCGCGCUUGCGUGGAGUGCGUGCCCCGGAAGUGUUCCUGCUGCUGUCCCGUUCUGGCCGGUGGGCGCGGGCCCCGCGUGCUGUAUCCAGGCCGGAGCGCGCGCCUCUCGCCAUGUCCCGCGGCUCCAGCGCCGGCUUCGACCGACAUAUCACCAUCUUCUCCCCCGAGGGCCGUCUCUACCAAGUCGCUAUCUGGUGAUCAGGACCACUGGCUGGAUCUGGCCUACAAGUGGACCCAACCAAUCCACAGAAAAAAGGUCGAGCACCACUGGGUUAAAUUACUGAAUAUGCUUUUAAGGCUAUAAACCAGGGUGGCCUUACAUCAGUAGCUGUUCGUGGGAAGGAUUCUGCAGUAAUUGUAACUCAGAAGAAAGUCCCUGACAAACUGUUGGAUUCUAGCACAGUGACCCACUUAUUCAGAAUUACUGAAAAUAUUGGAUGUGUUAUGACAGGAAUGACAGCUGAUAGCAGGUCCCAGGUGCAAAGAGCCCGCUAUGAGGCUGCUAACUGGAAAUACAAGUAUGGUUACGAUAUUCCAGUGGACAUGCUGUGUAAAAGGAUUGCAGAUAUUUCUCAGGUCUACACACAGAAUGCUGAAAUGAGACCUCUUGGAUGCUGUAUGAUUUUGAUAGGUGUUGAUGAAGAGCAUGGUCCUCAGGUAUACAAGUGUGAUCCUGCAGGUUACUACUGUGGGUUCAAGGCCACAGCUGCAGGAGUCAAACAAACAGAGUCAACCAGCUUUCUUGAAAAGAAAGUAAAGAAGAAAUUUGACUGGACUUAUGAGCAGACAGUGGAGACAGCAAUAACCUGCCUGUCUACUGUUCUGUCCAUUGAUUUCAAACCUUCAGAAAUAGAAGUUGGUGUUGUUACGGUUGAAAACCCGAAAUUCAGGAUUCUCACAGAAGCAGAGAUUGAUACACACCUCGUAGCUCUAGCAGAGAGAGACUAACUAAGUCCCCAGUCCUAUUGACUGCUUCAGACCAAGCUAUUUGGUAAAAAUAAUACACUCAUUAAUGGCUGUAGAUUGUGGGUUGAAAAUGGUAUGCUUGCUAUCCAGUGUAUUUUACUCUGUACAAAUAAAACAGAGGUUUUUGAGAA